AUGGCAGCAGUCAAAACGGCCGUGGUCAGCCAGACCGAGAUCCUCGACAGUCCGUACAACAAGCCAACUACGGUUCCGCCUCCACCCCCGGGUCUGCCUCCAACUCAGACUGAUCAGAUUCCUAUCCUGGCGUCGCAUGAGAAUAAAAGUGCGGAGGAAGCUGGAAGCAAACCAGCCUUUCGCCUUGAAGAACACCCCAUCGAUCAAGUCCGACCGAUUAAAGUGGGCGUCAUUGGAGGCGGAUUGGCGGGGAUUACGGCGGGGAUCCUCCUCCCUGCGAAACUGCCUGGCUUGGAUUUACGGAUUUAUGAUAAGAAUGCGGAUCUGGGCGGAACGUGGUAUGAAAAUACAUACCCGGGAGUAAGAUGUGAUAUCCCGGCGCAUGUGUACCAAUCGAACUUUGAGCCGAAUACGCGCUGGACGGAGGAGUUUGCGCAGGGGCAUGAGAUCCGGGAUUACUGGCAGGGUGUUGCGAGGAAAUAUGAUGUGUACAAGUACGUGCGCGCACAGCAGCAGGUUGAGCGCACGGAGUGGUUUGCGGAGAAGGGGAAGUGGAGGGUGACUGUGCGCGAUUUGAAGGAGGAUAGGGUAUACGAAGAGGAGCUGGACGUUGUCCUCAACGCCAUCGGUCACUUCAAUGCGUGGAAACUACCGGACUACCCCGGUAUCAAAGACUUCAAGGGACCUCUGUUCCACUCGUCCAACUGGAAUCACGACGUCGACGUAAAGGGAAAACGCGUCGCGUUGAUUGGGAACGGUGCAUCAGGGCUGCAGGUCCUCCCAUCCAUCCAACCCAUCGCCGCACACGUCGACCACUACGCACGCAACCGCACCUGGAUCGUCGACUCCUUUGGCACAGUCGGCGUACGCCGUCUCGAGCCGAACCUGAUUCCAAAGGAUCAGAUCGAGUCCUUCGAAGACCCGGAUACGUACCUGGCGUACCGCAAGUCCGUGGAAGGCGGGUACUUCUCGCGCUUCGGUGCUAUCUUCAAGGACUCCCCUAUCAAUGCGAACCUCCGCGAGCAAUGGAGCGAGCUCAUGCUGGCUCGUAUCAAGGAUAAGCCCGAGCUCGCUGAUAAAAUCAUCCCGGACUUCCCUCCUAAUUGCCGCCGACCUACACCCGGACCAGGAUACCUCGAGGCCCUGACGAAGGAUAACGUGAGCUAUAUCCAGACACACAUCGACCACUUCACACCAACGGGAAUCGUCACGAAAGACGGAACAGAACGCCCGGUCGAUAUCGUGGUCUGCUCCACCGGCGCAAACGUCGACCACGCACCCCCCUUCUCGAUCCUCGCCAACGGGCUAGACUUGAAGACCGCCUGGAAGCACGGCGGCCAUUACGGGUUUCCGUACAACUACCUCGGCGUAGCAACGCCGGGAUUCCCAAAUUUCCUCUGGAUAGGCGGUCCCAAUGGCCUGGGCCACGGCGGGACCGUACCCAACAGCGUCGAGAACCAGGUUACGUAUAUCGCCAAGGUACUGCGGAAAUUCCGCUCGCAGGGGCUUAAAUCGUUUGUGCCCUCCAAGGCAGCGACGGACGAUUUCCUGGAAUACUCGGACCAGUUUUUCCCGCGGACGGUGUGGACGGAUAACUGCUCGUCGUGGUAUAACGGCGGCAGACCGGGGGCGCGGAUCCACGGCUUGUUUCCGGGGAGUGCGGCGGCGUUGAAUUAUAUACGGCGGGAUCCGAGAUGGGAGGACUUUGAGUUUACGUAUUUGAAUCCGAGUGGGAAUCGGUUUGGGUAUUUUGGGAAUGGGUGGACGAGGAGGGAGACGGAGGAGGGGGAGGAUCUGACGCCGCAUUUGAAACGGCCGCAGGAUAUUGAUUUGAGGACUUAUCUGGAGACGUGGGUGGAUGUUUGA